GGCAUAUACGCAUGUUCCAUUCCAUGUGCCCUCCCACAUAAGAUGCCAGACACCACUCCUUUGCAUACUUUUCCUUCGAACAUGGCCCAAUCCCAUCCCACCAUCACUCCACUCUAUUCAUCUCUCCCUGCUGUCCCGCACCAUCAUCCUCCCACGCAAAUUUCCUCCAAAACCCUCUCCCAGUACUCAUCGUCCUCGGACUCUCGGACUCUAUCUCAUGGCAAUCCCAGAGAGUGCUACGGAACCCGAAACCCCCAAGUGGAGGAGAAGCAUUUCUACUCAGUGUGGGCGGUGCCGCCGGACGACGUUGCAGCCAGGCUCAAGAAGCUGAUGGAGGGCCUACGGUCCGAGUUCGGUGGGCCACAGUUCGAGCCCCACAUCACCGUCGUCGGAGCCAUCAGUUUGACGCCGGACGAUGCGCUUAGCAGGUUCAGGUCAGCGUGCGAUGGCCUCAAGGCCUACACUGCCACCGUUGAUCGUGUGGCCACGGGGACCUUCUUCUAUCAGUGUGUAUACGUCCUCAUUCAUCCAACGACUCAGGUGGUGGAAACUAGCGCGCACUGCUCUGGCCAUUUUGGAUACAAGAGCUCGACUCCUUACAUGCCACAUCUGAGCCUCCUCUAUGGGGAUCUGACUGAUGAUGAGAAGAGCAGAGCUCAAGAAAAAGCCAGCAUUCUUGAUGAAAGCAUUAGCAGCCUGAGCUUCCCAGUCAGUCGCCUUGCAUUAUACAAAACAGACACCGAAGACAAAACUCUCAAAUCUUGGGAGAAAAUUGCCGAAUACAGCCUUAGCCCAAAUUAGCUUUAUGUCUUGUGUUUGUAGUAAGUGUAAUGGGGUCCCUCUGCCUCUUCGUGAUUUUAGUUUGUAAUAAUGACAAUUGCCCCUAUUGACAUUGCACUGGUGUUCUUA